CAGGUGACCAGAAGCGGCUGUAACGCGGUCAGAUGACCGGAAGCAGUGGCAGUGCGGUCAGGCGACCGGAAGCGCGGCAGCGUGGAGCUCUAGGGGGUGGUGAUGGAGCGCUACGACAAGGCGGCGCUGAACGCGGCUUUCGCGCCCGAGUUUCGGCAAAAUGAGGGUUCAUUAACAUCAACUUUAAGAACACUUCUAUUCUUCACAGCUCUAAUGAUCACAUUGCCUGUUGGGCUGUAUUUUUCAUCAAAGGCUUAUAUAUUUGAAGGUACCUUAGGAAUGUCCAACAGAGACAGCUAUUUUUAUGCUGCCAUAGUUGCUGUAGUCACUGUUCAUGUGGUACUUGCUAUGUUUGUAUAUGUAGCAUGGAGUGAAGGCAGUCGACAGUGGCGGGAAGGCAAACAGGACUAAAAUGGAAGCCAUCAUCAUCUGCUACCUACAGACUGUAAAUAUCACUUCUGCAAAUGGAAAGCAUUCUUCAAAAUGUGUAAUAGAUGUAUGCAAAGAUCAGGCUGAUAUCUCAACCCUGUUCAGUUAUGAUAAGACCUGUGCUUGUCUUGGAUGUGUAGCAGUAUUUUCUGUAAUGCUGAUGGAAGUUGUAUGUGGGUGUAGUCAGCUUCUACUAGAUUGAGCUGAGGAGGUAUUCAUGUGAAAUCAGAAUGAAAUACUUAAAAAAAAAACAAAAAAAAAAAAACAAAAAAAAAAACACCACAAAUCACGUAACUAUUUUUGCAAAUACUAGUAUUUUUUCUGGCCUGCUCUGAAAAUAACAUCAGCCUGAAGCAAGCAUUAUGUUUUAAAUUAACUAAAUUGCUGUUUAAAAAAUAAUAUACUUGCUGUUCAAACAAAAUGGAAAAGAUAAGAUUUCUUUUCUGUGUUUAGUCCAGAUCUGCAUUCUCUUAUGCUAAUUCAUCAGGUUACUACAAGUAUAACUUACUUUGUUGGAAGAAGUGGAAUAAAGGCCUUGGCCCAAACUGGCAGCUCUUUACGGCAGUGUGCUAGGCUGAGGCUUUGUACCUGUAGCAUUUGAAAGCUGUCAGAAAAAGUUGUGGGUGGUAUCUGAAAAUCUCAUUAAGGAGCAUCCUCUGAAGUAUUCUGACCUUCCUAUUAAAACCAAAUGUUGCUUUCUGACUUCAGUAAUUCAUUUUUUCAGGACAUUUCAGUUCAGUUACUCGAGUAGGAUGAAUAGGUUGUUUUAAAAGCAACAUGAGGUAAAUGUGUUUAGUGACCUUAUCCUGCAGUUACAGUUUGAGUCCAAAACAUUGGGCAAGCUUCCUCUGCUAUGAGGUGGAAUUAUUCCUUGGGGAGGUUGUAUAAUUUAAAAAUUAGAACUUGUUACUUAGGAGAUCGUGGGAUGCCUUCCUAAUGUGGGAUACCCACCUUUCCUCAUCUUCAGUUGUGAUUUUUGUUAUGGUAUAAAAUUUAAUUUCAAAUUUCCUUUUCUUUUGCUUUGAGAGCAUUUGUCUCAUUAGUGCAGUGCUUGUCUUUUUGUUCUCCUACACUUAAAUCUCAAUGAAGCAAAAGAAAUGGUGUAGCGGCACAAUUUAUGUCCUUCUAUGUAUGUACUUGAUAAUUGCUGAAGGAUGCAACUGCAUUGCCUGUGGUGAACUAAGCAGUAACAGCUAUAACCUGCACUAAUGAGCAGUGGAGGAACAAGUGAGAUAUAAGGGAGAAAACAAGCUGUUUGCAAAUGUUGUCCUUUAUGAAGCAGAACACAAUGAUCAUGUUAUGGGAACUUUGCUUCUCUUCAUGUGUAUGAAACUGUAUACUGUGAAAUGAUACAAUAUGUUGAGCUCUUUUUCUUCCUCAGCUGUGUCUGAACACUCACCAUAGUACAACCAUAGUGACACUUUUGUGUUGUAGAAUAACAGCCCAAAUUUCACUUCUCUGUUGAGCUGAUGUUAGCAAUCUAUUUAGUAUGUAGACAAAACUUCUCCCCUCAGUUCCAGCAGUGCACAGAACUUUUUCUAAAGCUGUUUGCUUUUAAGUUCUUGUACUUCAGGUCUUUCUGUUAAUUUGAACUUUGUUAUAUUAGUUGAGUAUUUUUGAAGUGUUUUGCUUAAUAUAGGACUUGGAAUGAUUUUGUUGUUAUACUUGUCUUUUGUAAAAUGUACCCAAUGAAACAAAAAUUAGGUAUCCAUGCAAAGUAGUGUUCCCAGAACUCAUUCCUCUCCUCAGCCUGUGUGUGCAAACAAACACACUGUGUGCUAGGACAUAGUUAAGCAUUUGCAAUGAAACCUGCACAGGAGUGUAAGGCUAAUACAAAUCACUUUUACAUUAACUGAUUAUGGAUGAGAAAAGUUAACAUCUCAUAGCACUGAAAUACAAAUGUAGUUUGUAUUAUGGCAUGUUGGGUCCCUGUUCUCCAGUGUGUGGAACAUGCACGUUGUAGAACAAGUACUUUACUUUAAUAAGAAACUACUCUGCAAUACACGAUGCACUAAAUAAAUGCGUGUGCUGAACAUUUUGAAUAAUAUCUUUAAUAAUGCUCGUGAAUACUGCAACUUACAAGUAGAUCAGCUGUGGCAUUGUUCAGUAGCUGUGUUAAUUUAUAAUGGCUUAUGGAUGUGAAAAUGAUGGUUGUGCUUUAUUGCCUGGGUCUAGUGCUCUAUCUGUUUUACUUCACACGGCAGAAUUCUUAGAUGCUAGGUUAACUUCCUAGGAAUAGUAAGGAAACAGCUUAAUAACAAAAAUCUAAGAGGCUUGAUUUAUGCAUAGAAAUCCUAAUGUCUCAGCAGCUGGACAUAGUAAGAUCUUUUCUCUUUGAAGAUAAUGUUUUGAUCAGAAAUGUUCUCCCUGAGAAAAGAGAGAAUUUGUGAGUUUCUGGACAGUCAAAUACCCCUGGGUUUUACCUUGCCUGUGCUUGGAAGUUGAAACAACCACUAAGGUAAGUGCUGCAAUGUGAGCAGUCAAGUGCUGGAAUUACACUGUGACUUGGGAGCUCGAAGAACAGAAACUACAGUCGUAUAAUGGACAAUCUGCAUGGAAUAGAUACUCUGCUGGGAGCCGUGCUGUGCCUUAAACUUGCCAAGAUUUAUUAUAUUUCGAGAGGUUGAUUGCAGUUUUUUUUUAUUGUUUGUAUUUCCUCAUGUCCUUGUUAGUGCCUAGGCUAACUUAACUAAUGAGUUACAUUUUUAUUGUGUAAUAAUCAUUGAGAUUUUUGAUUGUUUAUGUUUUGAUUACUCCACAACUGUGAUCAGUUUCCAUAUUUUGUUGCAUUGCUUUUAUUUUCUAUAAAAGAGCAGUGUAAAAUUUGUAAUGAUGUGGUACUUUUAAAGUGAUGCUCUAAGUUCAUUAUAUUACUGAGAAUGGAUUUGAAACAACUGCUCUUAAAAAGACAAAACUGGGAGAUGUGGCCUGUACAACCCUUUCAGUACUUGAAUGUUUUUUUUUUAGUAGUGGUCCAUCAUGUGUUUAUGUAGGUUUACUGUCAGCUAGUUUAGGUAAAAUAAGUGAUUGUAAGUGGAUAUUUUAAAACUGAGAUUGUACCAGAAAUUUAAUGAAAUGUUUUCCUAAGAUUAUAAAUAGUGAGAAUAAUGGAGGGAGGUGGGGUGGAAUUGAGGACUGGAAAAUCAGUAGCUUCUCAAAAUUAGUUUAACUUUCUUUACUUUUUAGUAUUUCCCAUUUUUUUUUGUCUGCAAAACACUGGUGGAUAUCCAGCCUGUCCAGUAUGCAGGUGGUGACUUUGGUUUAUGGUUAAUAAUACCUGAUUUAAUUCAUCUGUGAACAGCUGGCUAAGAAGGUGGUGAUGUUGAUGAUCAUAUUGUUAAUGGGAGUUGCUUGUCACACUAACACACACACUUCAGGCAGUCUUUACAGUAUAUAGAAAGCAAAAUACCACUUUUUUUUCUGUAUGAGGGAGGACAUAAUAAUACACUGCUUAAACAACCUCCUCUGUAAUUUGUACAAUUUUAUUCUUUGGACACUAUCAAAUUGAUACAGAUUUAAAUAUGUGGUUUUGUUACGCUGUAUUAGCAGCAUGACAGACUAGAUGGCAGGCUUUUCUAUUGGAUUCCCAUGGUGGGGGGAGUUGUGCUUGCUGGAAAAUUAUAUUCUCACUUAGUGGUUAGCAGAAAAACAUUUGUUACUGCAAUUGUGAUGGUUUUUAAAAAGCUGCAGAGUUAUUGUACUUAAAUAAAGUACGCUUAGGCUUUUCAUGGCCCACACGAUUGGAUGGGAUGUACUCACAGCCUGCUGACGGGUGUUGUUGGUAUUGGCUCAGGUGAGUAAAGGACAGGGACUCUAAAAUAGAGAAGAACUAAGCUAUCUAUGUAUUAUUGUGAAGGAACACUAUGUGGGUGUGAUGGAAAUUGAGGUAGGUUGUUGCCCAUGGAGCAAGGGGAGGAAAGGGCCUGUGAAAGCCAAUGAGUGGCUUGGGGCAGGGUGAGGGCUGGGAUGUGCUGGCACAGCUUGCUGCAUGGGGACUUGGGCACCAUAUGUUCUUGUUCAGAAGUGUUUAUCCUGUUGUUCUCUGGGGGAUUAUGCAGAAUCAUUGAUCUGAAAUAUUGAAUGUAGAUCAUAAUACAAAGCCAGUUCUGGUUUUAACUUUCAAUUGAAGUUAUUUGUAGGUUGACAGCUUUGCAUCUCCUUUUGUGCAAAUGUGGGGCACAUUUGUUCAGCUUUCUGUUACACAACAAGCAUUGUUACUAGCUCUGACUCAUCUCUUAGGGGUGGGUCAAGCCCUUGGAGUGUAAAUAUUUCUUAAACACAGACUAACUGCCUUUACUGUUCAUUAGAUCUGAUCAACUCUUACUCUAAGGGAGACAAAAGCUGCUUGUUUAAAGUUCACAGGAAAUGGUACUUGAUAUUUCCCUGCAAAGGGAGGGCUCAGUUGAUCUUGAAAGGAUACAAGGAAAUGCUAUGUAGCUUGGGGCCCCCACAGUGAUUUUCAUAUUUGAAGGUGUAUGCUAGAGUGUCAGUUUCUGAGAUGGUGGGAUGCGCCUUGAAUUUCUUUGUUAGGAGGGAUGAAUUACAGUGCUGUGUAAUGCUGCUUAUGAGUUAUGGUUUAAGAGAUUGUACAGAGGUAAACUAUUGGGAUGUCAGUGCCCUUUAAGAUGGCAUGAAAAAAUAUGGGGAAGGUAAAUGGGAAUUUUGCUAGAAGGCAGCUUUUUUGGAGUGCUAGUCUCCCAGUUUGUAUUCUGAAAACAAGGGGCAGAAUCCAUGGCGUUCCCGUUUCUGGAAGACAGGGAUAUUGACUGUGAAGUCUUGUGGUGGAGGAUGGCUGAGGAGAAGAGCCUGGAAAGUCGAGUCACUUGUUGACUGACCGGUGAAUGUCCAGGGCUGAGCUUUUUUGGUGUGGGUUUUCUCUUGUGUUUCAGACACUGUCUUUGUCCUGCAGGCUGGUAGCUGGCAUGUCCUUGCUGUCAAUGAGAACAUGUGGAUGCCCAGUGUUUCUUGGAGCGAUCAGCUGAAUGCUGUCUGCUGUGAAUUUAAAAUAGUACAAACUCCUCACGAGCCUGGAAAAAAAGCUGGUGGUGCUUAGGGUUGGCACGUGACACUGUAGAAUAGUUUUAGUGCAAAUAGCCCCAUGGCUGAGAUGCCUGAUAUGUGUUAUUAAUUAAAACUCUUUUUAAUUGAAGAGUGAUUUAUGAGUGAGGGUAACAGCAGUGAAAGUUAAGGAAGGAGAACUGCUGUGGGUGUGGGUUCGUGUUGCAGCACCACUGAGGAGCUGUUUAAUAACUGCUGCUCUUUGUCCUCAUGAUGCAGUUUCUCUCAACUUGUGUGCUUUCCUUCAGACAUUUUCGUUACAUCCUCAGUACAGUAUUGUUUUUUUUCUCUCCAUGUAAUGCAUACUCUCACCCAAAAAUCCAAGCCAGAGGUGCUUCUGAUGAUCUGAGUGUUCCAACUGUUUUGAUGUCUGUUGUGUGUUAGGUGCAGCUGUGUUUAAAUGUGGACUGGCUGUAGAUGAGAUGAGGGGUUCUGCAGCAGCCCAGGGCUUGCUGUGUGGCUAUCAAAUGUUGUGCUUUGUGUGUACUGCUUGCUUUCCUAUUUAAUGGUUCCAAAAAUGUUACAAGUAAUCUUGAGUAGCAGCUGUUUCACAGCUCUUGGUUUUACUAACCACAGACUGGAUCUUUACUUGGUUUUUAUGAUUGAAAUAAAAUUAUAAUAGCUCCACUCAUCACAAUAAUAACUGACUGAUCUGUUACACGCUAAGCCAGUUCCUUUAUAUUUAGCCAGCAUUGAUUUUCCACCCAUUACACUUCUGCAAGCAGCAGGAAGUUCCUCACACUUUUUUAGCACUUCUUACUCUUUACCUGCUCUAGCUAUUUGCUGCCACCUGAAGCACUUGAUGGUUAUUUUCUGUCCACAACAUCUGUUGUGAUGCCUAGCUAAGAUCGCAUGGAGCUUUGCAGGGCAUAGGGCUUUCAAGUCUGUGUGUUUUCAGAAUUGUGAGUGCUAGUGAUUGUAGGGAUUUUUCUGGUCAUGUCUUGAAUCAGUGAACGUAGGAAUAUUACCGUCUGACUUGUGUAGUCUGAUAUUUUCUUCACAGUGUGCAGGUGGCUGUAGUGCAUGCUUUCCUUUUUUAUGGGUUCUGAGUAUUCAGUGACAUCUGUCUCAGUGGGUUUUUGCCUUUUAUCAGCUGGCUUUAGGCUUUGCUGGGCUUCUUGCACACCUUUUCUGUCUGGUGCUUUCCUCCCAGCUCCUCCUAAAAUCUUCCAGCAGUAAGCUAGGUGGAGUUUGCACACUCUUGGAGGAUGAUGCUGCAUCUUGCUUAUUUCCAUGAUUCUUUGAAUAGUAUGAAUGUUAUUUUUUGCCCUGCUUUGCUUUUCAUCUCUUCAUUUACCCACAGAAUUUAGCUAGGAAUGAGUUCUGUGGUCAGGAUGCAGAGUAUGCAUAUGGUGGUACGUGGGAGAAGGCUGGAAAAAAAGAAACAGAGUAAAAGAUCAAAGAAUAAAGCUAAUGUAUAGACAUUUUUUCACGUAUGCCUUUGGGUAUGUACGUGUCUUUAUCUUAGCUCUAAGCACUUGGUUUGGGGAGCUGCAUUCAGGCAUGACUAAUCUGCAUUUAUCUCCGUCUUCAGCCUUUCACAAAACACUGUACCAUUUGAAAUGUUUUAUUUUUCUGUAUUUAAAGAACAUUCUUUUAUAAUCCAAAUGCUUUUUCAUUUGUCUAGAACAAUUGGUGGAAGUGUUUUUAUUAAUCUUUUUAUUAUUUAUGCACUUCUAUCUGCAAUACACAAUGAAAGCAAAUGAAUUGAUUUUUUUGAGACAAGCUUGCUUUUCAUCUUACAGGAAUGAUGAGUCACUAGAUUCAUCCAGCCCUCAUCUGUAUUCCUCCCCCAGCUAAUAAGUUAAAUGUGAGUUUUAUGUUUGUAUUAAAAGGCAGCCUAUGCUUACUUCACCAGGGAGCUUGUUUGAAUGUUGAGUUCACAAGAUGACGACCACUCCUUGCCAGAGAAAAACUGCAUUUUGAGGCAUUGUGGACCUUUUCAAAGUUUGUUCCCUGAAUGAAGAAAACAGCAUUACAUUUAAUUUGUUAACUCGAGUUUACACUAGGCCUAGUCUGGUGUGCUUAUAACUCUUCAUGGUGAUGCCAGAAGGCCUGUGGCUCUGAUACGUAAAUAAGUAGCAGAAGAAAGAGAGCUCACUUCUUUGCCUUUGGUCUGUUAAUCCUGUAGGUAGAGAGUAUCAGGGUGUAUGAGAUGCUCUGCUGAUUUAGGACAAAAGUCAUCUGCUACUGUUCUGAUGGGAACAGUGCUGCAAAUAGUCGUACUGAUGGGACCUGGGAGGGAGCAUGGAGGACAGAAGUGGAUGGGAGUACUUUAAGUCAGCGUUGCUGCUGAAGCCCUGUGCUAUGAGAUGCCCAACUUUGAGCUGACUCCCACACUAAUGAAGCCAGGCUUGUUUAAAGCUAAGUAGAGUAUGGUCCUACAGUUCUGCAAUUGCAGGUGUGCUGUGAGCCAGCAGCUCUAGUUCCAGCUGCAGCUCACUUGGAAGGGCAAGAAAUAACUACAAAGCUGACUUUCCCUACCACUGUGCAUGUGCGCAGUUCUUUAACAUCAAUUUACUUUACACAUUACUUUAACAUCAAUUUUCAGGCUACCCACUAAGCAGUGCUGUGCCCUGGGGAAGUGGGAGCAUUCAAUGAGUUGAGUAUGGCUUCUCUUGUACUGUCUUUUUUUAUGUAUUCAUUAGAUUGCUAGCAUUAAGAUAAAUAAUCCAUCUCUUUACUUGCCACUGUAAGGAGUUUUCUCCUUUCUUCUGCUCCCAGGAGUUUUAGCAUUUACUGAAGCCUAUAAUCAUUUCAAAGUCCUUUUUCCAGUGCUUUAUGCUUUUAGAGUGUUUUGCCAAUCCUUGUUAGUUAACGAGAGACAGAGACGUAUCCAUAUUCUCCAUUGUCCAGAGCUACCGGUGUCUUUCUGCAUACCUCCAGCUAAGGCCAGACUGCAGAUUCCUGUUAAAAGAUUCCUGUUUUGCACCACUUUUACUUUCCUUGAGCUCUCCACAGCAAACACCCUUAUGUGAAUGGCAUUCUCAAUAGAAGAAAUUGCAGAAGUGCAAGUGAUUGAUGGGGUCUGUCAAUUACUUUAGGCAGAGCAGCUUGUGGGAGGAAGAAGAGAUUCCAAUAUGUCAGCAGUGGAAGCUGAAUUGUAUGCUGAAGUUCAAUGACUGGAUGCUCUCAUGGGUGAUUCAUGUUCAUAGCUUCCAGGUUCAGUUUGGAGUUUGGUUGUGAGGAGAGCAGGCACCAGAAGCUUGGGUGAGACGCUUCUGAAAAAGAGUGGUGCAGCUCUGUGAAUAGAUGAUGAAGCUGUUUCUCCUCUCCUUUGAAGAUGACAGCAUGUGGAGAAACAUUGCAGUUGACUGCAGGCUGAUAGGUCGAGAGAUUUGAGCAUUCUCUUGCAAACGGAGAGUGGUCUCCAGUGAGCAUGGUUUCGUGUAUGCUUCAGUGUCAGGUUCAGACCUAAGUGUGCAGUAGGUCGUUUUUCCCAGAUGUAUUCCUGUUAGCUGGUAUCAACAGCUUUCCUUAGAGUUUCACCAGUGGUCUACUGACUGUGCAUGGACUGAAGGUUGUAAAUCAUUCCAAAAGUAAGCACAAGGUAAACCAAUUAAUAUGAUUUUCAAACCCUCUCUUAUACUAUAAGUUAUUUAAAAGUACAGUGUAAUGAAGAUGAUACACGUGCCCAGAAAGUACCUCCUGCAGUGCCUAUUUUGCAGUUUGGUGUUCCACAUAAUUGCUAUUACUUUCCUUGUUUAUUUGUACGUGUGCUCAUUAAGAUCUCUGCAAAGUGGAGGGACUCUUCAAAUGCUGAUGGGGAUGAGUGUAUUCAUUAUAAGCUGAUAAUUCUCAUAACUUGUUAAAUUAAAAUAUAAAUGGAUUACAGUGUA